AUGGCUCGGAAGAAAAGACGCACAAAGAAAUCGAUAAAGCAACACAAGGCAGAAGAAUUUGGGAAAGAAAUCAACCAGACAAGUUUGAUUGACAUUCUAUCAGAGUCACUCGUUGCGAACGUUAUUGCAGGACUCCCAAUUGCUUCUAUUUGUGCGUGGAGGUGCGUAAACAAAUUAUUUCUGAAAUUGAUUUCUGAAAACUGGUUUACUAAACUAUAUGCUGAGAUUUCCCCAUAUAUCACUGUUGUUAUUAACACUAAUUUUGGGGUUCAUUUAGUUGAGCUUGCAAAGGGAAAUUGUCAAUUAUAUAAAUCUAUAAUCCCAAUCAACAAAGCUAAAAGUAUCGGCUCCUGCAAUGGCUUGCUUCUUAUUUUGGUUUCAUGUGAACAUUUACUAAGGCAUUAUGGUCCUGACAUCUAUUGUUUACAACCAUAUCUUUACCUUUGUAACCCAAUUCUGGGACAAUAUGCUAGGCUUCCGGAGCCCGGUAACAAUAAUUAUACUUACAACGGGAAAAGGAAAGAAGUUUACGGGUUGGGUAUUAUCACCAAAACUGGUAAUUAUAAGAUUUUAAGAAUUUCAACGCCAAUUGACCCGCCGCACCCAAUUUAUAAAAAAAGAUCAGAGGCUGAUGUCCUUAUUAUUGGGACUAAUACAUGGAAGCGAGUGGGUUAUCUUCCAUAUCCAAGUAAUCAAGAAUCUCUUGGUGGUACUGUAAAAGGAGCUUUUCAUUGGUUGUUUUAUAACGAGAUGAAAGAUUUUACAUCUUUGUAUGCAUUCAACAUCGAGGACGAGCAAAACUAUAUGGUCCCAUUUCCUCCUAAUAUAGGUAACGACAAGGUUAAUAUGAGUGUUGGGAUGUUGAACAAUUGUCUGUGUUUAUUUGAUAAUUCACAUCCUGCUCAUUUUGGUAUAUGGUCGAUGGAAGAGUAUGGAGUUAGAGAGUCUUGGGCUUUAAAGUGCAUUUUGACAGCCUCUAUUCCUGCUGGCAUAUGUAAGUCAACAAUUCACCCACUAGCGGCUCUAAAGGAUGAUGGAUUCAUCAUAAAGUCAGGAAGCGGUAACUUCUAUUUUUAUGAUCAGAAGAAUAUGAAUUUCACCAGGUUUGAAAUUGAUAAUGUGGAGCUCCUCGCUGAAUUUAACUAUCUCACAAUUCACUCAUCAAGCUUUUGUCCCAUCGAUCUUAUGUCUACCGGAUGCGUGCUGGAUACAGAAGUGAGUGCUAGAUGUUCUGCGCACAAAUCCAAGUGA